UUGGGAGGCUACUGGUGCUUUUAUAUUUCCACAUUUCCUUUUUUUGUGGUGUCUGUGAAUGGAAGCAAGAUUUCAAAUCCAAUGUUUGGUCUUGGUACAUAUAGGCCUACUGAAGAUGUUUACAGACAAAUGCAUCAUUCUUCGUCACACGUCUUGUUCUUGAGGCACUAGCUGACAGACACAAAGUCAUUAAAUCAGAUUUUAAACCUAACCUUAACCACACUGCUAACCCUAAUGCCUAACACUAACCUUAAAUUAAGACCAAAAAGUACAUUUUUGUUUUCGUUCAUUUUUUAAAUAAAUUAUAGCCAAUUACGACUUUACAGCUGGCCUAUCUAAGAGGAAAUCGCUCACUUAUGCCUCCAGGUCAAGACAGGAGGAUUUUUAAAAUUUAAAUCUAAAAGACAACAAGCUUGCCUUGUCAUGAGUCAAAUAUUUGUUUUUAUACCACAUAACACAUGCCAUCGUAAGACAACACAGGGUGAAUACUGGCUAUCUAACCACAUGCCCAAAACUGUAAUUGACUUUGAAAGUACACUCAAAGUGUGAGAAUGGGUACUUACUCAAAGUAUGUGUGAGAAUGGGUACUUCUCAAAGUAAGUGUGAGAAUGGGUACUUCUCAAAGUAAGUGUGAGAAUGGGUACUUACUCAAAGUAAGUGUGAGAAUGGGUACUUCUCAAAGUAAGUGUGAGAAUGGGUACUUACUCAAAGUAAGUGUGAGAAUGGGUACUUCUCAAAGUAAGUGUGAGAAUCGGUGAAUGGGUACUUAACUCAAAAGUGGCAAACUUUUGGGGGGAUUUUUGUUUAAAUUGUUGAAUAAAUGUUUCACAAUUUCUAAACGGCUCCUAUUAAUUUAUAUUUUUUGGCAUCUCAGAAUGUCACUGUCAAAGGAUGAGGACAGACAGAAAGACGACAGACAGACAGGCAGAUAGACAGACAAACACACACGCACAUUAGGCUAUAUAGUUUAAUUAUUCAUAAAAAUAAAUAAUUCUACAACAUUUGAUGAUUAUGUAGGCCUAAAUAAUUAUCAAAAAUAUUUUUUGUUAUUUUAUUUCACCUUUAUUUAAGCAGGUAGGCCAGUUGAGAACAAGUUCUCAUUUACAACUGCGACCUGACCAAGAUAAAGCAAAGUAGUGCGACACAAACAACACAGAGCUACACAUGGAAUAAACAAACGUACAGUCAAUAACCCAAUAGAAAAGUCUAUAUACAGUGUGUGCAAAUGAGGUAAGAUUAGGGAGGUAAGGCAAUAAAUAGGCCGGAGUGACGAAGUAAUUACAAUGUAGCAAUUAAUAUAACUGAAUGAUCCACAAAUAAUAGCUGAAUACAUGUUAUCAUCAAAAGUAUUGCAACUGACAGGUUGAGUCAGCGUAAAAUAUAGAUCAAACAGCUACAGGCAACAGAGGCUAUGUCCAAGAUUAUGCACCACAGUUAUCUUGACACCUCUCUGAAAACGGUCGUCACUAUUUAGCACAGCCACAGUCAUAAACCCCGCCUAUUUUACAAUGAAUGUUCUUAAAAUCUGAUUUUAAAUCUAACCUUAACCACAUUUCUAACCUUAUGCCAAACCGUAACCUUAAAUUAAUACCAAAAAGCUACUUUGUUUUUAUGAAUUUUAACGAUAUACAAUUCUGACUUUGUGACUGUGGUAACUUGUUACAACCUCGGUAAACAAAUCAUUUUACGUAGCUAGAGCGUUGCAAUUUUCGUCAUCACGUCCUGUCAACCCUAUUCCUCUAUCUUGGAUGGUAAAUUAGAUGAACUCUUCUGAUUAAAUGGGAUUUAUGCCAAUUUGUGAAAUAUAGUCUUCAUAUUUGAUAAGAAAAUAGUUUGUAAUUGACAUUGCGGCACUUGAAGAGCUUGAAGACAUCAAAGGAAAUGACAGAAACGUAUGAUUUCCUUUUUAAAUUCUUGGUGAUUGGAAGUGCAGGAUCAGGGAAAUCCUGUCUUCUCCAUCAAUUUAUAGAAAACAAGUUCAAGCAGGACUCCAGCCACACCAUUGGGGUGGAGUUUGGCUCCCGGGUGGUGAUGGUCGCCGGUAAGACGAUCAAGCUGCAGAUCUGGGACACAGCUGGACAGGAACGAUUCCGGUCAGUGACUCGCAGUUAUUACAGAGGGGCAGCAGGGGCUCUCCUGGUUUAUGACAUCACCAGUCGGGAAACGUAUAAUGCCCUGACCAACUGGUUAACAGACGCUCGAACGCUGGCCAGUCCAAACAUCGUCAUCAUCCUGUGUGGGAACAAGAAAGACCUGGAGGCUGACAGAGAGGUCACCUUCCUUGAGGCGGCCCGCUUCGCCCAGGAGAACGAACUGAUGUUCCUGGAGACGAGUGCCCUCACCGGAGAGAAUGUGGAGGAGGCCUUCCUUAAAUGUGGUCGCACCAUCCUCAACAAGAUAGAUUCAGGUGAGUUAGACCCGGAACGGAUGGGCUCAGGGAUCCAGUAUGGUGACACAACGGUGAGGCAGCUUCGCCAGUCGCCACAGGCUGGCUCAGCACAGGGCAGAGAUCAGUGCAACUGUUAAAGGCUAAUGCUAACCUAGCUCUAAGACACACAGAACCCAUGUCUCCAGGCCCCGAUGUAAAUCUAACAGUAUCUGCACACUCAGGCCUUUGGAGGACUGCCCUGUGACUCUUGACCCCUGCACUUGGACUACUUCUGGAGAGACCCUGUGUAAAAAUGUGGGCUGGGUUGUCACGGAGCUAUCUGGGUUGUCACGGAGCUACUCUCCUCCAGGCCUUUCUCUCUCUGACUACUGCUCCAGUCCGUGUCGCCAGGGAAUACAAGUGACAUCAGCAGAGAGGACUGAUCAGUCACAGAGCCAGGCCAAUGGACACACACAGGACAUUUGUUUUCAAUGUCUUUACUCAGAAGCAGCCACAGCAGCUCACAAACCUCUCACUGUUCAAACUCUGAUUAGACCGACAUGGUGUAAGGAGAACAUCAGACGUUAAUUUGUGUCCAAUCUCUAUAAAAGUUAAGCCUAUUUAUUGGUUGUGUUGAAAGCUGUAAGAUAUUGUAAAUAUAUCAAAAGGAAAUAUAACAUUUAUGUGAUAUUUGUGUACAAUGUUUUAAGAGACUGAAAAAAAGCUGGGGACUUGUGGUAGUCACCGUGUACACAUACUGUAAUGUGUGAAUGUGUGUGUGAAAAUUGUUACAACGUUAAAGCUGGAAUCCUUAUCGGUGAAACGUCUUGUUUGCUCUAUUACAACAACAAAGAAGUUACUUCAAACAAUGAACACUGUUUUUUUCCCCUCAGACAUCAUUGCAUGGCAGAGGAGGCUGGUGGGAGGAGCUGUAAGAGGAUGAGCUCAUUGUAAUGGCUGGAAUGGAGUCAAUGGAACAUAGUCAAGGAUAUGGUUUCCAUGUUUGAUACUGUUCCAUUUAUUCAAUUUCAGCCAUUACAAUGAGCCCAUCCUCUUACAGCUCCUCCCACCAGUCUCCUCUGUAAUGCAAUCAUGAUGGAACGGCAGGUUUUUUUUUUUUUUUACCACAAUGCUGGAUGCUCAUAUCCUCUGUUUCAAAAUCAAAACAACAACAAAUGCGCCAAAAACAUUGCACUGUUUCACCUUUCGCAGAUCUCAGCUUUAAUAUCUUUGACUGACUAUCAUAAUCUCCAAGUUUGGGGCAAACAAAUAUGUAUUUUAAAUGUGUAAGGUGUUGUGCAAUGAUUAUGAAAGGGUUAAGACCAUAUCUAAAUCCAUUCUAACCAGAAUGUCAUUGAUAGAUUGAGUGAUAAUUGGUGUAUUUACUUGAUGUAAAGCACAAAUGUGAAAAUCUACAAUUUUUGCAUAUAUCUGGACUAUGAUCUUACGUAUGACCUGUCUAUCUAUAAAAUGUAUCACUAUGUGUGCUAGAUGUAACUGUUGAACGGAAGAAUUGCCCCUCUUUGCAAAGCCUGUAUGAUCUUGAAUUAAUAAAUUAUUUAACCAAAUGUUCAUUAAA